AUGAGAGGCUUCUACCUCAAAGCUGCACAGCUAGUUUCUACUCGAGAUGACUUCCUGCCGGAAGUGUAUUUGGAAUGGUGCCGCAAACUGCAAGACGAGGUUCCCAUGACCUUGUCCUCAGACGAAGCGCGGAAGGUGAUUGCAAAGGAGCUGAAGUUGGAGGAUUUGGAUGCCUUGUUGACCGACUGGGUGGAGGAGCCCAUUGGUACGGCUUCGAUUGGUCAAGUCUAUCAGGCACGGUUGAGGUCCACCGGAGAAGACGUGGCGAUCAAGGUCCAGGUUCCCAACGCAGAGAAGAUGUUUCGUGCCGACAUCAGCUGCCUGAAGAUGUUUACGUAUCUGGCCAUUCCAUGGGCCUUUGAGCAGAUGAAAGAGAUUGAGAAACUGUUUGAGGCGGAGUUUGACUACUUGGAAGAGUUUCGCCCCUCGAUUUUGCCCGACUUCGCGCGGAAAGAGCGGUCGAACAAAAGAAGAAUAACAGAAGGCAAUUUGGAGGCCAUGCGCACCAAUUUGCUGCCCAAGUGGGGGCACCGGAUCUACAUCCCCAGGCCGAUGAAGGAGCUGAGCUCGCGCCAUGUUUUGGGGAUGGAGCUGCUAAAAGGUGAGAAGUUCAUCUCCGCGGUGCGGCGGCGCUUGAAGCCGUUGGCCGAGCGGGAGGGGAAGACCGUGGAGGAGUAUGAACAGGAGCAGAUAGAGGCCCUGAGGAGUGGGCGACGCAAGGCGGAGGCCGCCUGGUGGCUCCGCUGGAAAGCGCUCCUGGGCCGAUGGAUGCAUCGCGUCCGGCACUUCGGCCGCCGGGACUUGGAGCCUUUGGAUGUCGGGGGGAUCUUUGAGAUGUUGAUGCAGAUCCACGGGCAGCAGAUCCUGCUCGACACCAAGAUGCAGUUGGUUGUCUCAGCGGAUGGGUGUUUCAAUGCGGACCCACAUCCUGGGAACAUCCUUCUGCUGGAGGAUGGGACAACUCUGGGCCUGAUUGACUUUGGUCAGGUGAUGUACCUCCCACAGGACUUCCGCGUGAAGCUGGCGCGGCUCAUCGUCGCCCUGGCCGAGCGCCAGCCCGAGCAAGUGGCGCGCUACGAGAGUGGCCCGCCCUGGCUGCGCAAAUACUACAAGCAAGAUGUUCAGUAUCGCCUUUGUUCAUUCUGGCUCGACCGUGACGAUGAGGCGACUGGCUUGCGGGGUAGGGGUCCGAUUCCAGUGGAGGUUGCAGGUGGUUCUUGA